CAGCCUUUUGCAGUUCAUCCUCAACCAAGCCAAUUGAAUUCUAGACGCUCCAUUGCGUCCGUCUGCCAGGAUGCGCCUCACCCAGGUUACGGCCUCGCUUCUGGCCACUCAUUUCACUGUGGCACAGGAAUCGAGUUCUUCCGACCCUCUUUGGGAAAUCAAGUCUCCUCCCAAGUAUCCCUCGCCAUGGAUCGAAGGCACCGGUGAUUGGGCAGCUGCCCAAGCCAAAGCGCAAGAUUUCGUCAAGCAGCUUACCCUUCUCGAGAAGGUUAAUAUAACGACUGGUGUCGGGUGGGAAGGAAAAGGCUGCGUUGGAAACACGGGAUCUGUUCCCCGCUUGGGCUUUGAAUCUCUAUGCCUGCAGGAUGCGCCAUUGGGUGUUCGCAAUGCCGACUAUGUUUCCGGGUUCUCCGCUGGUGGCACAGUAGCAGCAUCGUUUGACCGUGAAGUGUGGCGCCAGCGGGGCUUCGACAUGGCCUCUGAGCACCGCGACAAGGGUGUUGACGUCCAAUUGGGUCCUGUCGCUGGACCUUUGGGUCGCAGUCCCGAGGGCGGUCGAAACUGGGAAGGGUUCAGUCCCGAUCCCGUCCUCACCGGCAUUGCCAUGGCCGAGACCGUCAAGGGUAUUCAGAGUGCGGGUGUUAUCGCCUGUGCUAAGCACUAUAUCCUCAAUGAGCAAGAGCAUUUCCGCCAGGCGCCCGAAGCUCAGGGUUACGGAGACAACAUUACCGAGUCUGUCAGUUCCAACAUUGACGAUGUUACUAUGCAUGAGCUGUACCUGUGGCCGUUUGCAGAUGCUGUCCGCGCUGGCACGGGUGCAUUUAUGUGCUCAUACAACCUCAUCAACAAUUCUUAUGGCUGCCAGAACAGUUAUACCCUGAACCACCUGCUCAAGGGUGAAUUGGGUUUCCAGGGCUUCGUCAUGAGCGAUUGGCAGGCUCAGCACGGCGGUGUCUCUGACUCGCUUGCUGGUUUGGACAUGGCAAUGCCAGGAGACACGCUCUUCAGCACCGGCAGGGCAUUCUGGGGAUCCAACCUUACGCUCGCGGUUGUCAACGGCACCAUUCCCGAGUGGCGCAUUGACGAUAUGGUCACUCGCAUCAUGGCUGCCUACUACUACGUUGGCCGUGACGAGUCCAGAGUUCCAGUCAACUUUAACUCUUGGAGCAAGGCCACCUAUGGCUACCAAAACGCCAUUGGAAAUGCCAACUGGGGUGUGAUCAACGAGCAUAUUGACGUCCGUGGUAAGCAUGGUGCCAACAUUCGCGAGCAUGCUGCCAAGUCUACCGUUUUGUUGAAGAACAACGGCGCUCUGCCUCUUACUGGCGAGGAAAAGUUCACUGGUGUGUUUGGCAGCGACGCCGCCGACUCUCCCCUUGGAGCGAACGGAUGCUCAGACCGUGGCUGUGACAUUGGUACGCUCGCCAUGGGCUGGGGUUCGGGAACGUCUGACUUUUCGUACCUCAUUUCUCCUUUCACGGCCAUCCAGAAUGAGGUGGUCUCGAAGUUUGGAGCUAUUGAUUCUGUCACUGACGACUACGCAUACGAGGAGAUUCAGGCUCUUGCCGCGCAAGUCAGCCACGCCCUCGUCUUUGUAAACGCCGACAGCGGCGAAGGCUUCAUUAACUAUGACGGCAAUGAGGGCGACAGGAACAACCUGACCCUCUGGCACGACGGCGAGGCGCUGAUCAAGAACGUGUCGAGCCUCUGCAACAACACCAUUGUCGUCAUCCACAGCGUGGGACCUGUUCUCGUCGACUCAUUCUAUGACAAUGAAAAUGUUACUGCUAUUGUUUGGGCUGGCCUUCCCGGCGAGCAAUCCGGCAACUCGAUUGCCGACAUUCUUUACGGCCGCGUCAACCCCGCAGCUCGUCUUCCCUUCACCAUUGGCCGCACCCGCGAGGACUAUGGUACGGAUAUCAUUUACAAGCCCAACAACGGCCAGGAUUCGCCGCAGGACGACUUUAAUGAGGGUGUCUUCAUUGACUACCGCGCCUUUGACAAGAACGACAUUACUCCUAUUUAUGAGUUUGGUUUUGGUCUUUCAUACACCAACUUCAGCUACUCUGACCUCACCAUCACUAAGCACAACGUCAGCGUCUACGUGCCCACGACCGGCGACACCAAGGCAGCUCCCAGUCUCGGCAACUAUAGCACCGAUCUCAGCGAGUACCAGUUCCCCGAGAACAUUACGCGCGUCCCGCUUUACAUCUACCCCUACCUCAACACGACCGACGCUGAAACUGCCUACAACUACAGCGACUUUGGCGCGUCUGCAGACUCGUACAUUCCCGAGGGUGCCCGCGACGGCUCGCCCCAGCCACGUGUCCCGGCCGGCGGUGCCCCUGGCGGCAACCCCAUGCUGUACGACGUGUUGUUCACGGUUACUGCUACGGUGACGAACAACGGCACGGUAGCGGGUGAUGAAGUUCCCCAGCUAUAUGUGGCUCUUGGUGGACCGAACGACCCGAAGGUGCAGCUGCGCGGGUUCGACCGUCUGAGCCUGCAACCCGGGAAGAGUGGCACGCUUAGCGUGGAUGUGACGCGUAGGGAUCUGUCGAACUGGGAUACGGUCAGUCAGAACUGGGUGAUUAGUGAGUAUCCGAAGACGGUGCACGUAGGUGCGAGUUCGAGGAAGUUGUUCUUGAGCAAGGAGUUGGAUUUGUAGUGUAAUGGUGGAGAAUAUGGAGAGGUUAGGGGUAUUGAGGGGAAGAGAGUGAGAGAUUGAGAAGACGAUACUGUCGAUGGGGAGGGCUUGCCGGUGCAAUGCCUGGCUGCUGGCUGUAGCUGGUGAAGCUACACUGAUGCAUACAGCCCUCCUCUGCCUAGUUAAUGACUAAUGACAUAAUGCCACU